AUGGCGGCGACUAGUAGUACAUGCAAGCACUGGGUUGUUCAGGGUCAAAUCUGUUGUCGAUGCAAAUCUCGAGUGGAUACGAAGGAUUUGGCUAGGAUGGAGGAGAUAUCACCUUUUCCUUUUCCUGAUCCUGAUUGUACUCAUCCAGUGUUUAGCCGCGGUCAAUGUAUCUAUUGUGGAUAUUUCUAUGAUAUUUAUGACUACCCCCCAACUUGUUUCAAUUACCUCAAUUUUCAGUUGAUGCCCGAGUUCAAGAAUUCUACUAAGAAACACAAGUUAAGGAUCGGGUUGGGACAAAAGAAGCUUCACCUGGUUCUUGGCUUAGAACACAUCCUCAUCCACGCCAUCAAACUCUCCAAGAUUUCUCAUGAUGAUUCAAGAUUACUAUUAACAAGAGAUGACAUAUUUCUUCUUCCUAACCACAACUUACUGGUCAAGUUGCAACCCUUUGUCCGUGACUUCUUGUCGGAAGCAAAAGAGUUUUUCACCAUGCACGUUUUCACAAACUAUGGCCGUGACCGUGCCAAAAAAGUGGUCAGUUUGCUCGAUCCGCAUAUGGUGUAUUUUGGGAGUCGAAUCAUUACAGGUAGUGACACUUACUACUAUGGUGGUUUGAAGUCAUUGGAACUUGUUUUGGCGGAACCACGUGGGGUGAUUGUCUUGGACUAUGGACCUGGAUUGUGGAGGAGGCAAGACUUACCUAACCUGGUCGUUCUAUCUCCCAAGUACGAGUACGAGUACUUCGUCAAAGCAAACAGAAGCAACAAGAAGGUCGUAGACGGGGGGUUCCUAGCAAAAGCUCUUAAUUUCUUCAAGAGUAAUAAAGUUUUAUUGGAGGGAAAUAGAGAGAAGUCUUCUGAUGAACGUGAAGAUAUGACUGUCUUAUUGCCAAACCUUAAGGCCCUUCAUGAAUUGUUCUUUAAUGGAGGAUAUUACGACGUAACUCAUGUCCUGCCCCAUGUCUAUCAUGAAACCAAGGAAUAA